GCAGUUUUUUUUUAAAGUUUAAUAUUUUAUUAUAGCAUACUUUAAUUAUGUGGUCGUCUAAAGAAAUACUUCAUAUUUGUGAAUCAGCUAUAGUGUACAAGCAGUCUGAGAUAUAUGCUGAACUUGAUGAAGUACUUACCAAAUACAAACCAAUUUUUUUGACAUUACUAAAAGACCAGGAAAAAGAUAGUUGUCAUAGAGAAAAAGUUAAAAAAGCAAAUAAAGAGGGGAUUCAAAUAGAUGGCCAUGUUUCAGUAAUUAAACUUCAAGAGUCAAUGAUUCAAGAUGCCUUUCUCUUAAGUGAUGGUUUACAGUUAAAUGAAUUUACAUGUGUUGAGCUUCUUCUCGCUGGAGAACAACAAGCGUCAAAUUUUCCAGGUAUGUCCACUAAUUUGGUUGCAGCACUAUUAUACCAUGAUGGAAGAAAAUCUUUAUUGUCUGCUCUUAAACUUUUGCUUACGGCUAGACCUGGUGUUACAUGGACAUUAGAGUUAGAUGACAGAAUUGUUGAGCUAAUUGACAAGUUUACAUCACAGAUUAUUGAAAAUGGUCUUGUUACAAAGUUACUGCAGCUAUUACAAGAUAUUAGCUUACCCAACGAACUAAAAAAACUUGAAUCUGCUCGAGCUCUUUCUGAUGGCAAACAUAAGAAGCAAAUAAUUGAACUAAUAGAGGAACAACAGCUUUUGCUUGGUGACUGUUUGUUUAUUGUUGCAAAACAGAACACUUUGCCUGUAGAUGAUUGUGCAAAUCUUCUAAACUAUCUUAAAAUAGCCAAACCAAAUACACCUGAUGGUAGUCUAGAUUUUGUUACAGCUCGUGUGCUUUUAGCCCUUUUGUCAAGCUUCAAUUGUGACAUUAUGGAUCUUGCAGUUGAAAAUAUUGGCAAUGAGCAAUAUGAGGAUCUUCCCUACUUUAAAGAUAAGUUGUUUUUUCAAUCUUUUAACCAAACGCUUUGUCGUCCUGAUAUUCAAUAUUGGCAAACACCUGGAAUCAAGUCAACAAUAAUUCUAUGUUGGGCAAUAUUUUUGCGCGCUUGUUCUGCUCAUCCGCAUUUUGCAAGUUUUGCAGAUAUUUUUGAAGAAGAUGAGGUUCUUUUAGAUUUGGGAAUUGAAGGGGAUGGUUUCAAUUUUAUUAGAAAAUCCGUAAUACAAUCAAGAAAUUUUCACGAAGAGGAAUACUUUUUAAAAACAGUUCACUCAUUUGUCACUUCAUUCAUUGUGAAAUUUCCACUUAAGAUUAAAGAUAUUCGUAAUCACGGUGAUGAGAAUGCACGUAUUAUACAAGCUCAUCUUUAUGAAGGCAUUGAACCUCCCCAAGGAUUGAGACAUGAUUUUAAAGACUUUAUGCUUUUGGUGAGUGCAUUAUAUUCAAAAGAUCCAUUGCAGUUAGAACUUUGUUGUGAAUAUUGGAUACCGCCAGAACCUCUUGGAGGAAUGUUUUCACCUAAACCGCUUAAGAAAAAUUUGCAAGCUAUUGAUGAAAGAAAGUUGAUGCUUAACAAGUUUGUUCAACAUGCUGGUGAUGUUUUGCUACAGCCUCUAUAUAUACCAUAUAUUGAUAUGCUAACAUCUUUGUCAAAUAACGAAGAGGCUGCUUCAUAUUGCUUUCGUCUUUUGACUUCAAGCAGAUCAACUGAAAGAAGCAGUUUUUGCAUCGUUUCCUGGGAUCACUUUUUCUUAUCACUGAAACAAUAUUACUUGAGUUUAAGACAAGUUAUUGAAGCAUCUGACCACCGGGUUCAUUUGCAUAGACAUCAAGAGAUAUCACCAGAUGAGCUUGCUGGGCUUGAAAGCAUUAUAAAAUUGAUAAAAAUUGUGGCAGAGAAGAAUGAAAAUGUCAGAAUUGCAUUUUGUGAAAAUCAAACGUGGCUACCUGUUGCAUCCUUGUUGGGAUUGGUUUGUUGUCCAAUACCAGCUAAUUUAAAAGGAUUGCUUCUGGAAACUUUGGCAGCUUUUUCUAAAACUCCUGAAGUUGCAGCUUCUAUAUGGCAGUCAUUAGAAGCAUCUCAGGUCCUUCAAACUAAUACAUGCACACAAAAAUCAGGAAUAGCUGUCGAAAUUCAAGAAAUUGAAAGUCGAAAUGAAACUUAUCCUGAAACUCGUGGUUUCAUGAAGUUGCUUGAUCAAUUAACUAAUAUAACUAUUCCUCAAACUUUAGGAGCUGGUCAUCGAACACCUGGAUUUGACCCAUAUCUUGUUUUUUUGAUUGAUAGUGUAUUUCUCAAAUUCAAAACAAGGGCAUAUAAAGACUUAAGUGAAAAGUGGGAUAUUUGUUCGGAAGUCUUACAACUGUUUGUGAAAAUUCUUCAAGACUAUGACCCUCUACCUGAACAUUUUCAAGAUACUCAAGUACUGAUUCAAGGAGUAAGUUUUGGUAAAGCAUCGAAGCCUCCUGGUUACCAACUUCUAAGUUCGUUGUUAAAUUAUUCUCCAAUGUUACGAAUGGUUUUUUCUGUGAUCGAUGAUAUAUUGGAACUUUUAAAAACUGUUUCCUCUUCUAGUAGCUUAAAAGGUGUCCUUGAAAGUGCUGUUGGUUCUUGCUUACUUUUGUUGGAAUCAGUUUUUGAAAAGCAAGCUCUGUUUACAGAUUUAGUAAGACAAAAUGGUUCAUCACUGUUACUAUCAUCUCUUGAUGACUUAUUGCUUUCUGUCAAUCCACGAACUGGUGCGCCUGAUUAUUUACUGAUCAUCGCUAGAUUUUUAACAAUAAAUAACUUAAAGACAAGUGUUGUGUUGAGUGCAAUAAGAAUCCUCAAAUAUGCUUGUGACGGGUUAAGAGUUCAAAAAGAAAUUGUAUCAAUUCUUUCUAAAGAUGAGUUAGGUGCCAGAGAGCUUUUAGUUGGGUUUUCUGAACAAUUAGAGAUUGAUGACCCAGAAGUUGUUGAUGAAUUGAAGGAUGAAAAUGCUAAUGUUCAAGACUUGAUUCGACAAGAGGUUAUACAGCUGCUUAUAUCGACCAUCAAACAGCCAUCCCAUAACUUGGCACAGUUUUUAUUAGGUUUUGAAAUUCAUAUUCCUGUUUCAAAAACAAAUUUACAAGAUGCAGGUGUGAAAGGCUUUCCAAAAACAUGUUUUCAUUCAAUCAUCACUAUUUUGAAUAGAACUACGAUGUCUUAUACACCAAAAUUUAAAGAAUUAUUGUACCACAUUUUGUAUCUCAUGUGUUCGCAUCAAGAAAUGGGUUUGCCAACAAGGAGAUAUCUCAGAACAAGCUUAAAUUUUUUUGUUCAGCAUUCUUCUGUUUUACCCUUUUUGAAAAAUGAAAUUGAUGUUGAUCAAAUUAAGUUUAUUCGAUUGGCUAACCAACAAUCAUGGUUACUAAAAGCACUUGCAAUUGAAAUUAAAGUUAUUGCUGCCAGCCAUGCCAGAUCAAGUUUGCAGCAAUUAAUUGCUGUUUUGUUUAAUGACUCUUGCUCAAAUGAUUGCACUUCAACUUCUGCCAGCAACUACGCUAAUUAUCCUGAUCUAACUCAUAAUGAUACUGGACAAUCAUUUAUGGGACCAUCUUUUAAACUAAAUGCAGAGUCAAAAAGUUUGAUACUAUCUCUUUUAUCUUCACUGUCAUUUGUACAGGACUAUCCUCCUAACAUCAGUUUAAAUUUUUUUGACUAUUCUGCUGUUGAGCAGUUAUUUAUAAACUGUGAAGAAACUGAUGAAGUUACAUCUCUGUGUAAUGUAAAGAAGCUUUAUAAGGUGCUCAUGACCGAAAUCAAUAACUCACAAAUUACAACAGGACAACGCUAUGAGUUAUUAAACGAAGUAAAAUUGGUUAUAAAGCAUGCAGUUGAUCGCAAUCUUGUGCGAGAAUCUUUUAUUGCUAAAACUAAUAGUUUUGAUGCUUGGCGUCAAGUAGUUGAAGUAAUAUUUGCAGUUUGCCCUGACGAUAUUUUAUCUCUUAAUGAUAAGCAGACUAUUCUUGUGACUCUUCUAAAGGAAUUAUUUUUACAGUUAAACAAUACUGAGCACUUACCAGAACUUACAUCUCCCAUAACUGGAACUAUUUUGAGUUUAAUGGCUAAUUUAUGGUUGUUGUUUGCUCAGUUUGAAAGGGUUUCUUCAAAAAAUUAUCCUUUUAUGUCAUCCAUCUCUGGCUUGCUUCCAUCUAUUAUUUCAGCAAUAACUUCUGCUAAACAAGCUCGCAUGAGAGCUAAUCUAUAUGGAGCAUUCUUGUAUUAUGUGCAAAUUGGAAAUAUGCAAAAUUCUAUUGUUGCAGGUGCUGUAGAAGAUAUUUUUUCUAAGCAAUCAAAAGAAGGAUGGGAAACAGUGGCAGCAAAGGAACUAGUUAAAUAUGGUGACAUGUUUUUUGAAGUAGUUGCAAAAGAUACAUGUCAAGGAUCUUGUAUAUCAAGGAUGAUGUCAAUGAGUGUCCUUGACGUGGUUGCUUCUCUAGAUUGGCAACGCAGGUAUUUAUCGAUUAUGUCAUCUCGUGGGUAUUUACGUGCUUUAGUUGACCAGCUUCAGGAGGAUGAUGUGGAUUUACUUAAUAUACUCUCAUUGCAGCCUGAUAGCAUGAAACCAUUAUAUAUGUUUCAAUCCAAAAUGACAUUGCUGGCCAAAAUUGGAUUGACGGAUGUGGGUGCUCAGUCAUUGAUUCAGGUUGGAGUAUUAUCUCGUUUGAGUGAGUGUCAAUUUUUAGAUUACCAUAUUGAUAAACUUACAAUGAUGGCUACCUCGUCUCUGGCUUACAGUAACAACCAGGAUCCAUUUUUACCUACUUUAAUAGAACGUUAUUCAUCAAUAUUCAUAGCUGUUUCUCAAUUGUUACUUGCUUUUUUAUCGUCUCUUGGUGUGCGUCAUCGAAUUGCUACAAAACAAAUUCAAAAUUUAAUUAUAAAUCAUGAAGAAGCUUUCCUUAAUAUUCUCCAUCACGGUUGUGAAAAUAUUUCUAAAAAAUCUUGCCAGCUUUUGUCUAUGGUUAUCUCCAUUAUGUCGCUGUUAGUUUUAAAUGAAAAUUCAGAUGACAGUUGGGAGAUCUUGGGCGAUGAACAAAGACACUGGCGUAUGUUUAUGAAUCGUGUGCAAAGACUUAUGUUUGUAAUGCUUCGAAAGUUUUCUUAUACUCAUUUUUCCAAACAAGUGGAAAUGGUUUUAGAAGUUGAUCGUGAAGGUGCAUUUUCACCCAUCAAUGUUAAUCACGUUGAAGUACAAAACACAUUGUUACAAAUACGUUCAAGAAUAUUCACUUUUUUUAAAAAUAUUGUUGCUUGUAAAGGUUUGAGUGGCCCUUACUCGAGAAUUAUAUUUUCGCCAUCUUUAACUGAUACUCAUUUACUCGAAACCAGAUUUAGUAGCGGAAAGUCUGUUAACUACAAGCAAUUGCCAUCAUUGCACCUUUUGUUGACUGAGUUAAAAGGUUGCCCAGAGCAAUUAAAACAAUGUGUAGAGGCUAAUAACAUUUUAAAAAGAAAAGUAAAUUCUGUGUCUGACAUGACAAAUGACGAAAUUAAUGAGAUUUUGUCUCAAGAACCUGACACUGAUCGCUUACCUUUCCAUCAACGAAAGGCUGUGGUUUACCGUAUUCUAGAAAAACUUCUUAUGCUUCGAGAAGAACAAGCUAGUUAUUUGACUUAUAUUCUAGAGCACGUGGUUUACAUCCUUUGGAGGCAUCUAGACUACUUUUAUAUUCACUGUAUCCCGAAUGACGAUUUUUUCCUUGAUGAUGCAAACUUUUCAAAGAGUAAUUAUUCUUCGCACGCUCGCAAACUCACUGAGGGAAGCUUUUCUUCAACUGUUCUUUCUGAUUCAUCUAAAGUUGAUCAAACAAAAGAUUCAAUAAACACUGACUUAAAAAUAAAAAAAGAGGAUUUGCUGGAGUUAAAGUGCGAAGCUUCUAAGUUACUCAACGAACAGUUAUGGAGCAAAGUACUUGAUUUCGAUCAGUUACAAGGACGCCCUCAAAAACAUUCUUUUUUGUCAGCACUGGUGCGUCGAAUUCAAAGUCUUAUUCAAUUAAACAUGUGACGAGCAACAAGCAAGACUAAUGUAAAUAUCCUUUAAUGUAACUCGAAAAAUGUCACAUAGGUUGA